AUGCUGGGCGACCUUGAGGUUCGGCGCAAGGAGAGCGGAGUGCUGGUGCGAGGAGAGGGGGCAUGGAGGGUCAUAUCGAGUGGAGUAGUGGGAGGAGGCUUCAGAGAGGAGGAGGAGGAUGUUUCCGUUGUGAACGUCAAGGUCAGCCCCGACUACACGAUGGACACGCCUCCCGAGCAGCUGAUCUAUGAGUUCUGCCAAGAGGAGGAAGUGGACCCGUCGAGAUGUGUGGGGAUGAUGACGGCAGCAAGCAUGUCGACCUUCAAGGAAGCAGCUCGAAGGGAUAAGGAGAGCGGGGUCGAGAUACGCGUCUUUGUCACUGCAGGGUUGUCCAACGCCAGAGCAGCAGGAGACAAGGCAGACUGGCAGCACAUUCGAACUCCCGAGGAAGAAAAGAAAGGCACCAUCAACACUGUCGUCUUCGUCUCGAGCCCGAUGGAGGAGGCAGCCAUGGUGGAGGCUUUGGCCAUCUGCGUGGAAGGGAAAUGUAGGGUGAUGUCGGACUGGUACAUCACAUCGGAAGUCUCAGGAAGCAUCUGCCAAGGAACAGGAACAGACUCUAUCGUCCUCCUCUCCCGUCGGGAUCAGAGCGCAGAGAAGAUCCGAUAUGCUGGGAAGCAUGUGCUCUUUGCUCAGUUGCUGGCCGAGGCCGUUUGUGAGGCCACCGGGUCAUCGGUGAAAGAAGCGAUCCUUCACUACUACAAGUCAGAGCUGCGGUAUCGCUGCCAUCAGCUCUACAGAGUCGCCUCCCUCUGGCUUCCGACGCUCCUGCACUCGUGCUUCGAGCAGACCGACAUCUCCGUCAACCCCCAAGACGAGCUCCCCUCCCCUUCCCUCCGGUCCAAGACCGUCGGUCUCUCGCUCUUCCUCCUGUCCUAUCGUGCUGAGGGCCAGCUGGGACGAGCCACCAGCCUCAUGCUGGCUGCCUUCUGCUGGGACAGGUUUCUAGGGGAGCCGCCCUACACCCUCCAUCCUGUCGUGUGGACUGGAAAUGCGAUCUCGAAGCUGUUGAGUUGGGUGCCAGACCGGGCGUACAGUUCUCCUGCUCUCGGACUCUUCUGCGGGUCUCUGAUCACCCUGUCGUGUGCUUGCACCUCGUUCGCAGCUGUAAGAUCUCUCGACCAGUGGCUCCAGCUCCUCCCCCACGCUCGCUUCCUCCACUUCGCGUUCGGGGCCUGGCUGCUCAAGAGCUCUCAUAGCCUUCACCUCCUCGGAGCCUGCGCCAUGCAAAUGAAGAAGCUCCUCGACCGCCAAGACCUGCCCCGAGCUCGCAACCAGCUGUGUUGGCUGUGCAGCCGUGACCCGUCGAAGCUGGAUGAGAAGGAGUUGGUAGCGGGGACCCUUGAGUCUAUCUCGGAGAAUCUCUCAGACGGCUACGUCGCUCCUCUCUGCUGGUUCUCUGUCCUCGGCCUGCCAGGUGCCGUCACGUACCGCGUCAUCAACACGCUUGACUCGCGCGUCGGAUACCGCGGAAGGUUCGAGUACCUCGGGAAGGUGGCGGCAUGGCUGGACGACGCGGUGAACCUUGUUCCUGCCCGCCUCACCGCCGCUCUCCUGGCCCUCAGCUCGGCAUCUACUGGAGACUCAGCUCGGGAUUCCAUCGUGACAGCAUGGCAGCAUGCCGGCCGCUGCGAGAGCCCCAACGCCGGAUGGCCGAUGGCGGCGCUGGCAGGAGCGAUGGGAGUACGGCUGGAGAAGCGAGGAUGCUACUCGCUGGGAAGUCAAAAGCACGAGCUCUGCUCUGAGAGCAUCGAGCAGGGAUGGAAGGUGGUGUGGCGAGGAGGAGUGCUCUGCCUCGUGCUGUGUGUGGCGAUCAAGAGAUGGAAGUGA